UAAGGUGGAGGGUUGUGGUAGGCUUAUAAAAAGAGUAAUGGUAAAGUCUUUGUCAUCUUGAUAGGGGCUACUCGAAGGCAAGGUAUCACCCACACACAAGAGGAUGCAAGAGACUGUCCAGAUACGACUGUAAUUUGGUGUGCUUCAGAUAAUUGCAUAUAAAUGGUUGGAGAACAUAAAAAGCAGAAAAGGCAUGGAGGCACAGAGACUUCCUUUUCCCUUGGUCUCACUAGACAAUCAAACAGUUCAGCAAUCUUGCCUUCAAGCCAUACCAGCAUCAACUCUUUCACUAAAUCCAGUGAUUCUCCAGCCAGAACAUGGACUCUCUCAGACUAUAUACCUUAAAGCUCUUACCAUACCACUUCACCAGCCCAGCCCAUCGGAAUCCCUUCAGCCAAACCACAAGCUACCCACUGGCCAAACCAAUUUCAGUGUUGACAGUACUAAUGCACCUUUAAUCUUAAACCCACAUUUGCAUUCCAAGCAAGUGGAUGAACUUCAAGCAGUCAUUCGGAAGCAACCUGGAUCAAUAAGCAUAGUUGGUGGCUCACUUGUUUUGCCACAAAACUCUUCUCCAUACACACCCCUGGGAAGCCCAGGGAAAUGCAAAAAUGCUGGGAAGUACCUCUGUAAACAUUGUGGGCGAGAUUGCCUGAAGCCAAGUGUUCUUGAGAAACACAUGCGCUCACAUACAGGCGAGAGGCCUUUCCCCUGUACAACAUGUGGCACUGCAUUUAAAACCCAAAGCAAUCUGUAUAAACACAGAAGAACCCAAACUCAUGUCAACAAUGCUAGGCUGCCCUCAGAGUCUGACAAUAGUGGCCCAUUAGGAGAAAGUGAGAAGUUGACUGAGAGAGUUGGAUCCCUGCAGACAACAAAAGCCAAUGACAGAAACUGUUACCACUCAAGAGCAAUGAUUAAACAAGCUGUGUCAGAGUCUACUGCUGCAGUAACCAAUGAGAAGCAUGCUCUUGAUGAUUCAUUGCCAGCAGAUAAUGCUUUAUUCCUGGUAUCUGAAAGCCAGUGGGUGACAACAGACAACUAUCAUGGAGGUGUAAAUCAAGUACUUGAGAAAAAGACCACCAAGGAUUCAGCAAGUCUGCUCCAGAGAAGGAAGAUCCAGGAGGACAUUUCUCCAACUAUAAAUAAGCAUGGUCAGCUACAGAGGCAGCAAGCCACAUAUUCGGAGAAACUAUGGGACAGCAGAUCUCCAGAUUACAAGCUGAAGAAAUGUGAGAGCACUGAUUCAGGUUAUCUGUCACGCUCUGAUAGCGUGGAGCAGCAGAUGCUGUCCCCCAGCCCCCUUCACAGCCUUUGCAAACUCAGCACAGAAUCAGAAGGUGAAACAGCCAUUAGCAAUCUCAGGUGUACAGCAGGAAAUAGUUCAAAAGCAGAUUUGAUCGGGACAGCAGCCGGCGUGUUAACGUUAGAAAAAAAGAAACUGGAAGAGCAUAUCUCAAAGUUAAUCUCUCAUAAUAAAGCUGUGGUGGAUGAUACCCAACUGGACAAUGUUAGACCUCGGAAAACGGUCCUGUCCAAGCAGGGCAGCAUUGAUUUGCCAAUGCCUUAUACGUACAAAGAUUCAUUCCAUUUUGACAUACGACCUCCUGACACGAGCAGGAAAAUGAAUCUUUCUCUGUGCUCAGCCAGGUCCAUCUUCACACCCAUUGAAAAAUCCAAACCACUGUUUUUUCAUUCGGUUCCGACUCAGUUCUCAACAACAAUAGACUGUGUUCCUGUCACCAGAAGUAACUCUCUGCCUUUUAUUGAGAGUGCAAAGAAGAUACAGGACCAGUCAGGUCAUUCAAAAUUACCUUCUUUCACUAGAAUGUCCCUGAAUACAAGUUUCUCUGGUUUGUUGCAUAGCAACAACUUUGCUGCAAGUACCACAGAGUUUCCUAGCAGUCAUCCCAGAGCACUUGUCAGACAGGUGGCGGUAGAUGAUUUGCCUUUAGGUAACUUCGUAGAAUCUUCACCUUCCUUGGAAGAGAUAAAAGGCACUAAAAAACCUGGAGCUGGAGGGGAAGGGGCAAACACAAAAUGCAAGAAAGCCAGUCAAAGAAAAUUAAAAAUGUUCUCUCAGGAAAAAUGGCAAGUCUAUGGGGAUGAGACUUUUAAGAAAAUCUACCAGAAAAUGAAAAGUAAUCAAACAGCCAAGAAACAAAAGGGGACUAAGGCCACAGAUACUUCAAACUUGCAUUUGGAUAACAAGGAUGCAACCUGUUCUGAUGGAAUUAGUCUGCUAAGAGAUGGGAAAAGCUCCACGAUUAGAAAUGCAUCUCCAGUGGCCAUUUCUGCAAAGCAAAAUACUGAAGAGUUGGGAGGGUCUUCCACUGGGAGUCCUGUAUUGCAACGUGCUUCCUUGCAGGAGAAUUCAGGCAGCUUUUCAGAACUCAUGGAAGCAUCAGAUUCAGUCAGUGAGAGUGAGCAUGGUAGGGCGACUAAAACAUUCACUGAACGUAGACCCAGAGAGUCAAGUGUUGCUAAGCAAGACCCAGCUGGUAACAAUCAGGUCCUGCCUUUUGGUACCAGAUCCGAGCUGAGACUCCAGCUUCAACAGGCUACAGACCAGGAUCAUGCCCCAUUAGAUGUUGUUAGCCAGAGUGAUCAUGGGUCAGAAGAGGUAGGUGCACGACCGAAGUAUAUUAAAUGUAUGCCAUUACAGGAGGAUGUUUCAACCAACAAAGAAGAAGAUGCUGGUAGGAACAAAAGCUUUCAACUUGUACCAGCAGCCUUACCACCAUGCCAUCGCAACACGAUUGCCCCAGUUCAGAAACCCCAACAGUUACCAUCAGAAAGAAAAAAGCUGAAAGUGGAUAAAACAAGGAGCAAAGAAGAUGCAAACAUCAAAAACAGUCCCUGCAGUAACUCAGCAGAGAAAACUGGGGAAGUGCUAGAUGGUUACCAAGUCAUUGGUAUGGAUGCUCCCAAACUGAUAGAUCAUGCAGUUAAAGGAGAAAACCAGCCAAUAGUGGUAGGAUCAAAUGAAUCAGUUACCAGCAUGGAAUAUGAGGAAGCCAUCCAACAUUCUUUAAUGACCUCUAAUAAUAGGGAUGAUGUUGCUGAACUUACUGAUACAGCAAGUGUAUCAACACUUUCAUUUUCUGCACUCAGAACUGAGGUAACAAUGGAAUACACCUGCAAUCCAUAUGGUUUACAGAAGCUGACCAGAAAACCAUGUCCCUCAAUAAUGGAAGCAGGAAAGUUAUCAAAAAAUGGAGACAUGACACCAGUAUCUAUCCCCACUCAUCAACUAGUCGUUGAUCAAGUAACUCCCCUGCUGAAAAAAAAUACCUUUCUCCCAAAGUAUAUUUUAAAAUAUUCUCAAGAGGAGAGCAAUACAGGCAUGCCAUUGAUUCCCACGGGAGAGGUAGAGGAUACGCCCCGUAUUUCACUGUCAACUGCUUUGACUGACUCCCCUUAUUCUGCCCUUGGAACCAAUUCUUCAGAGGUAUGUUUUUGCCCUUUGCAGUUAGAAUGGAAUCAUACAACCAGAGCAAAAGAGUUAAAAUGGGAUGUGCAUGCAACAUGGAAAUCUUUGGUAGCUUGUCCACCAGCUAUCCUGGAAACAACAAGCAUUACAACCAGAUGUCAUCUUCAGAGUGCCAGGAAAAAGGAGAAGAUUGAAAGCAUGUGGAAAGGAGCAAGUAACAGCAGCAGCUUAGGCGAUCAAAAGUUAUCACAGGAUGGGCAUGGGCAUACCAUUGUUUGUACAUCGCACGCUCCUGGGAAGAAAAUAUGUUUUACAACUAUGUAUACAGGCGGUUUUUUCAUAUCUUCAAACAUGACCGGGAGGAGUUCGGCCUUACAGUUAAUGAACUCAGGAGACAGCUCAGUAAUACCAGUUGCUUCAUUGGUUGGAAGGACAGUGUUGUGUGGAAAUUCUGGGGAGAAAAUCAAGGAAUGGCAGUCAGAUACCCAAUCUUUUCCAGGAUUUCAUGGUAUGCCCACAUCUUCACUGGAUAAUUCCAGGUGCAUUUGCCAUUCGUCUGACAUGCUUUAUUGCCGUAUGCUUUGCACUCAAGAAAGAGAAGUACACACUCUCCCCCAAUUAAAUGUAAUUCCUCCAGCAAGACAUUCAAAAGUCCCAAACAUGCAUAUAUCCUUCCCAGUUCAACAUACUGAACCUCAGUUGACAUGGUGCUGCCUAAACAGAAACCUCCCUCUUCCAGUUGAGCAAAAGGAGAAGAAAGAUUCUGCUUAUUCUACAUUACAUACUGUUAAAAAUGAAAACUUCAUUUCAAAAUGUACCCUGUCCUUUUGUAAAGUGAAAAAUACCAGCAAGGCUUCAAAUGAAUGCUUGACAACCGGAAACCCCCAAACGCCUAUCUUUUCCUUGAGGCAGCAGAGAGAGAAGGUAAUCUCUGCUCCACAGAGUCAUUCUUGGGGUAUUCCAUGAUAACAAGCUUAUUAUCUGAAGGAAAAUGGGACACUCAGUGUUAGGGGUAGUCACCUUUCCCUAUUGUGUACUAGUCACUAGUAU